AUGCAGUCAAAACAAGAGGCGAAGGUGUUUGUUGGGGGGCUCAGCUGGGAGACAAGUGACGAAAAGCUGAGGGCCUUCUUUGAGAACUUUGGCACUGUACUGGAGGCGUUUGUCAGCUACGAUCGCCACACGGGGCGUCCCAGGGGCUUUGGAUUCGUCGUCUUCGAGGAUCCAGCGGUGGCAGACAAAGUGGUCUCGCUCCAGCACACCAUAGACCGGAGAGAGGUCGAGGCUAAGAAGGCCGUUCCUAAAGAGGAGCACCCGUCGGGCAGGGUGUUGGACAGCAGCAACCCCCAACGCACGAAGAAGAUAUUUGUAGGCGGCCUGGCACCCAGCGUGGAUGAGAAUGUGCUCAAGGGCUACUUUGAGCGUUUUGGGGAGGUCGAGGAUGCGGUGGUGAUGUACGACCAUGACAACAAGCGACCUCGUGGGUUUGGCUUCAUCACGUUCAGCACAGAGGAGGCUGUGGAUGGAGUCUUUUCUGGAGGCACGAUGCAGACGCUGCAUGACAAGCCCAUCGAGAUC